GCAUGAUCAAAGACAAUUAACAGCCACAAUCCCUUCUCUCUCUCUCUCCUUCCUCUUCUUAUGGAUCAUCAUCAACCCACAAUCCAAAAACAACAGUUUUUUCUUUUCCCAAUUAUAAUCAAGAGAGGACUUGUUUAUGCAAUAUCUUUUCUUGUUAUCAUAAUCUCUUCAGUCUUCUUUGUCUCUGAUCUUAUAGCUCCUUUCGGACCCCAGCAACUUUUUCGUUUUGAUUUCUUGUCACAAAUCCAACUUAACAGUAAUAAAAGAUCAUCAUCAUCAUCAUCAAAGGAAACCUGUGAUUACUCUACUGGAAGAUGGGUUCGGGACGAAAGUUACAAGAUUCAAUCCUAUGAUGAAACAUGCCCGUUUCUUGAUCCCGGUUUCCGGUGCCGGAGAUGUGGAAGGAAAGACGUAGAGUAUCUGAACUGGCGAUGGCAACCUGAGGGCUGUGAUAUACCAAGGUUUAAUGCAAGCGACCUUCUAGAGAGGAGCAUGAAUGGGAGGAUUGUGUUUGCUGGAGAUUCUAUUGAAAGAAACCAGUGGGAGUCAUUCCUGUGCAUGCUAAGCCAAGGAGUUCCAAAUAAGUCAACAAUAUAUGAAGAGCAUGGGAACCCCAUAACCAAACACAAGGGCUUCCUCUCUCUGCGUUUCAGUGAAUACAACCUGACUGUAGAAUAUUAUAGGGUGCCUUUCCUGGUAUCUGUUGGCCGGCCGCCAGUUAAUUCCUCAGUUGAUGUCAAGAUGACCGUAAAGGUCGACCGCUUGCACUGGUUUUCCACAAAGUGGGUAGGGGCAGACAUUCUGGUUUUCAGUGGAGGCCAUUGGUGGAAUGAAGAUAAAACAGUGAAGAUGGGCUGUUACUUUGAGGAUGGGGGGAAAGUAAACAUGUCCAUGAAUGUGAUGGAGGCAUUUCAAAGAUCUUUGCAGACAUGGAAGUCAUGGGCAUUAGAGAGUUUGGAUCCUGAAAGAACUCACAUUUUCUAUCGCAGCUUCUCACCGGUGCAUUACAGGAAUGGCACAUGGAACACUGGGGGACGGUGUGAUGUGGACAUGCAACCAGAGACAAAUUACAUGAAUCUGGAACCUGAGCCAGUGAAUAAUCAAUUGAUUUCCAACAUAAUAAAACAGAUGGAAUUGGAAUACAGAAUAAAGAAUAUUCAGUACUUAAAUAUCACACAUCUGACACGGUUCAGGUUCGAUGGUCACCCUUCAGUCCAUCGCGAGCCAGGCACUCCAGUUCCUGCUCCACAAGACUGCAGCCACUGGUGCCUGCCCGGAAUACCAGACAUAUGGAAUGAAAUUCUCUAUGCUCAUUUAUUGUCAAUGGAAUUCAGAAAGCGAUGAUCUUACCU